CUAGCAAUCAGCCACUUUUUGGGCUCGAGCGGCCAGGAACCACUUUACGCAGCUCAUUUCACGUUCGCAGGGUCCUCAGGUGACCGAACGAAUCACACAUUUGAAGCGGUAUCGCGAGAUUAGGUUAGGAGCGCGCUAGAGAUAAAAGAAUGCCUCAGCGGUUUUUGGCAGCCAUCCUUGCGACCGCCGUAGGGCUCCAACCAACACAUGUCAAUAAAAUAGUGUGCCGGUCACAAAGAUCACAGCUGCACGUGCUUGCGGCGCCACAGGACGAGGACGUCGCCGCGCUGCUCCAGCAGCGAACGCUCCUCCGACAACAAAAGAAUUAUGACGAGGCCGACGCGCUCCUCGACCGCGCCAAGCAAUACGGCGCUAUCGUGAGAGACCACGCCAACGGCACGUCGACAUACACGCUGCGACGCCGCGCCACCGACGCGCCGUCGGUCCUCGAUUUAGCCAAGGCAGCGCGUGACUACGCCGCUCGAGGCGAUCUCAGCGACGACGACGUGGCAGCCUUCGUGGCUGAUCGGGCCCGAGAGGCGCGUGAAGCGCUCGCGGAGCCCGACGCGGCGCCGGGCCGCCAGGCCUCCGACGCGGCCUUUGCGUUCGCGCUGGCGGGCUGCCGCGACGACGCGCUCUUCGAUUUAUUACUCGACCGACAUGCGAGCAACCGGGCGAAGCGGCGGACGGUCAACGACCUCCAGGCCGAGGAGCGCCUCGGCGCCUGCGGCCUGCGGGGCCGGGACGCCUUCUUCGCGCCCCGCGCCUGCCAGUGGAGAUGGAGGUAUGCCAGGGACGCGCGGACGACGCCCGCCGCCGACGUGCUGAGUGUGGCGUUUCCCCCAGGGCCGCUCGUGCUGGACCUCGGUUGUGGCAUGGGCGGCUCGGCCAUCGGGCUCGCGCUCAGUAAAACAGACGCGAACGUCCUGGCGGUCGACACUAGCCGUGCUUGUAUCAGAGCUGCGCGCGGCUUCGCGAAUCGCCUCGGCAGCAGCUGUCGCUUCGCCGUGGCCGACGCCUCGGACGCGCUGCGGUGGGCGGCGACGCACGAAGGCCCGGUCUACGUCCUGGUGCAGUUCCCGACGCCCUUCUCGCUGGGCGGCGAGGCCACGGUCCGCGAGGGGCGGCCGUUUCUCCUAUCAAGGGAUGUGGCGGAGCUCGUCGCGACGGCCGUAGGCACUGAGGGAGCCGCCUACGUUUCUUCGCAAGUUGAGGACGUGGCUCUCGCUUCGGCCGACGCCCUCGAGGGCGCGGGACUCCGUUUGGAGCCGGCCGAGGAGCCCGUCACGACGGAGGCGCCGAAGCGGCUCAGGGAUGAACGCGUCGGCUCGGCAAGGCGCGCCGUCGGCGGUCCCUGGCGGGCAACGUCGCCGCUGCCCGCCGACGCGGCACCGGAGUCGGAAAAACGCUGCGAGUUGUUGGGCCAGCCGGUGCACCGCUUCGUCGCGUCCCGGCGGCCGCGGCGCGGCGACCGGUUACGCCUCUUCGCGGCGCCGCGCGACGACCUCGACGGUGGCGACGACGCCGACGUCGUGCUCGAUGCCGCCCUUACGAGGGUCAUGCACGCGGGCACUUACGAAUUCGUUGAGGACACGAGCGAACCGAAUCGCGUCUUCCUCGGCGCCGACGGGCGAGCUACAGCCUUGCGCGAUAUCUACGAUGAUAGCUCGGGCGCGGGCCGCGGCGGCGCACAAGAUGGUCGCUGGAGAAUAGAGCGGAUCCGCAACAACUCGACUCAUUGCAAGAUCCACCUGUCCCUCGGGAGGUACAACCUGCAGGGCUCAGUCAGCUCGCGGGGAGGCGACGCCGUCGAAGGUGUUGUAUUGGAAGGCGCGAGCGACCCUGAUUUUGUCGGAAGAUUCCGCCUCGCGCUGACGUCCCGCGCGGCCAACGAGUCCACCGUCGACGCGGCGCUAGAAAAAGCGGCGACAAAACGCGCCACGCGCCCCGCGCCUCCCGCUCGCGUCGGCAAGGGCGCGCUUGCGGGCCGCCAGUGGCUCCUGUCGGCCACGGUCGACGACGAGCAGUGCUUCUUCAUCCUCGACUUUCAGGAGUCGGGCGACUUCGUCGACACGGCGGGUUCUGACGCCCCGUGCGAGAUUGGCGGACGCUGGGGCGUCUACGACGAGGGCGUCCGAGACCCGCCGCGCGACGGCCGCGGCUCGCACGUGUGGAUAUGGAUCCGGCGAUCGAAGUGUCGGGGAGCGUCGGGACUGCACGGCGACCUGCGUUUGCACGGCAAAAUCGAGUACGACGACCCCCUGGCGGAACUGGCCCUGCGGAGCGGCGUCGACCGCCCGCCCGACCGUGCUUCAGGGCCUGUUCUAUUCGGCGACAUCCCGGACAUGGAGUACUCGGCGCUCGUCGGGUCCUUCGUGCUGACGCCUUCGGGAUCGCUCCCGGACGAACUACGACGAAGACUGCCCGUCGGGGGCAUGGCCUGGAGCUAGCUCUACGCCUCCACGCCAUCGACGCGA